CCUCGCAGACGGCGUGAGAAUGAAGCUGUGUUGGAGUUUGGCGCUGAUCGGUAUCGCCCUGUUGAUGGUCAUCGUCACUGUCAGGGCGGAAUCUGAUCUCUGGGAGGAAGACGACAAGGAGGUUCUUGUACGAACCGUUCGCGGCACCAAAGAACGAGCAUCCGGCAGCACUUCGUCGUGCAGAUACGUGAAGGGUCAAUGGUCGGAAUGCGACUCGAAAACCAACACGCGGUCCCGCACGCUGAACCUUAAGAAGGGCGACAAGUCCUGCGAGCAGACCAAGACCAUCCAGAAAAAGUGUAAAAAAGCCUGCCGGUACGAAAAGGGCACGUGGAGCGGAUGCGUGAAUCAGCUGAUGACGAGAAUGGACAAUUUGAAAGCGAACAGCGAUGCCUCCUGCGAGAAGACGCGCCGACUGACCAAGAGGUGUAAACCGGAGACCAACACCAAAAAGUCUCCUAAAGGAGAACGAGCGAGCAAGAAGUCGGGUAAGCAGUAAACGGAGGAAAUGGUCGAUCGAUCACUUAAGAUGGUACGCGGCAAUCUGUUUCGACAACAACAGGCAACGAAAACACAAUCUUGUCUUUUCCACGUGGAAAACUUUAAUUUUCAAACGAAUACUAUUUAGCGUAAGCGUAUAAAAAUUAAAUGAACGGAGAAUGGAGAACGUUCUGUAUUUUAUAGUACUGGCGAUGAUUGUCAUUGAAAAGGAGAAAUUUUCGUCGAAUCGUACGAUCUGUGAAUCUGACAGUCAAACGUUUUCGGACGGUUGGCGUCGGUAUAAUAAUUGUCGAUCGUGUAUGUCGGCUGUUUUCAGAAUUACUUCCAUUACAUGUGGCCAAAUGUUGUUAAUCGCUAUGCGAAUACGCAAUGAGCCGCAUAGUUGGACACAAUAACGUUUCUUCUUAGCAUUUCUGCCGACUCUCUAAUUGCUGUGUGCUAAUUUACGUGUGAAUUAAAUCUAUUACAGACCUUAUCCUCGAUACAGUGGCAUAUUUCGAAGUCAUUAACAUUCCUUGUUACUCUCUAUUUCAAUAUUUUUACACCCUUUUUCUUUUUCAAUUGAUCAAUCUUCGACGUAAAUACAAUUGGCAAAACUUAAAUGAGGCAUAUUCAGACUGUUACCUUUUUUUUUUUUUUUUUUUUAAAAAAGUCAGUUUUUUUUUUUUUUUUUUUAAGAAAGUCAGUUUUUUUUUUUUUACAAAGAAUUAUUAUUGUAUCAUGCUACUGUGCCGAUGAUGAAACGUUCGAAAAUAUAACAAUUGUAUAGCAAUGAGCUAUAGUAUAAAACCUCUAGAAGAAUCAACACGAAACGACUGCCGUUGAGAUUCUUUGCGAAAUAUAUUCUUGCUAGGAUACACAUCCCGUUCUCGAACUUUCAACGUUAUAUGAUUAUCGACUAUAGUGUGCAUAGAAAUCCCCAAUUAGAGAUAGUUUGCCACCAUUCUUUUAAAAUGCGUCGAAAGAUCGAAAGAAAGAAAGAAUAUACGAUUGAUCAUAUAUAUAUAUAUAUAUAUAUGGUCUCUGUGUUUUUAAAAUGCCCAUUAACUUUGUCUUCCUCGAUACUCUAAAGUGACAAAUGAUUUCGCUGUUGGCGCGAACAUUCGAUUCGUUGAACCCUUGUUAUAGUUCUUUUCCGCGCAUACUCGUACGCGUCCAAUAUGUUUCAUGCUGACUCCCUUGUUCGGUUUAUUCUUUUUUUUUUUCAUUUCAUGAUAUUUAUACUUAAAACCAGGUACAAUGUUUAUAAACAGAGAGUUAUAUCUCUCCCCUGAUUAUCACAUAGGUAAUAUAUAGUGUUCGAUGUCAACUAUGUCUACAUCCAAAGAUUUCCAAACUUUUUCGGACGCUUUCGAAAGCGUCUCAUUUUUAUUAGGAUAUAAUCGAGGUAUUUCUUUAUAAAAGAGGAAAGCUAGUUUUGUCUACAAGGACAUUGGAAUUGUACUAAUCGAAGAUAAAUGAAUAUUUCACACGAUCGUUAAAAAACGAAAUAAAUUGAAAAGCGUUGAGCGAAAAAAAAAAAAAAUGCCGCGUCCAUAAGUUUGGGAAUUUCGGUGACCUACGUAAUAAGCACGAUUUAAUAAUUAUUACCAAUUUUGCCCCGAUAUGUACCAAUGAUUCUUCUCGACAAGACGUGAACCAUGCAUAAAAACGAAACGUCGAUAUAUAUACAGUCGUUAUAUGUGUCUCGUAUUAUCUUUGAAUGGAAAACUUAAUAAUAACGGAAGCCAAAUGAGCAUCAAAAUCAAAUUAACAUAAUACAAAAGUCUCAGGCGUCUCGUAGAUACGGGGGCUAAUUGAUAUGUCAAGUGAGAACUCGUCUCUACGAGGUGUUCCAUUGAAACUAUAGAAAUCAAACCCUUCCCUCUCCCCAAUACAAGAUUGUAUUUGUUUUUAAGUCUAGAUGUAUACAAAACGAGAGAAAAGUUUGGCAAAAGUAAAGUCAGCUGAUUCAGGUAAUGAUACCGAGUAUAUACGAUGUAUCUCUGUAUAAAAUAAAAUAAAAAAAAAAAAAAAGAAGGAGAACAAUUCAGCGAAUACACGUACUAUACGGAUCGAUGGUAUUGAUGAUCGGUAUCAAUGAUCGUAGAUUAGACUACAUAUGUACAUCAUAUCAUCAUUAUGCAUAAAAAAGAAAAAAAAAAAGGAAAAAGCGAAAAAAACGAAUCUAUCGAUAGGAUAAGAUAGUAUUACGUUCUAUGGUUUCUUCCAGUUAAUUAUCAGUAAACGUCUACUAAACCGUAAUUAAAUAAUAACAUGCUUGACCUCUCUUUGUGUGGAACUCGAUGGAAGUUCUUCGUGUUUUAAACGCAUUGUAACAUAGCAUAAUAUCGAUAGGAGGUACGCUAAAGAUUAGAAAUUAAAUUGUUCUUUAACGCGAGUUUGAAGUUGAACCAUUGCGAGAGAAAACGUGCGUCAAUUGUUUUUUUUUUUUCCUUCAAAUUUCGAUCCAUCAUUGUACUUGCAACAUAAUCAAAAGUCUUUCCAAGAGUGUUAUAUCAAUCGUUUGAUCAUGCCGUUCAAAGUUUUUUAAAUCGUUCGUGUGUUCACGUUGAUAGAUUGAGCUCGUUUAGCGAAUUUGAAAUCAAACGAUAAAUGGGAGAAAA